GUAUCAUUCCUUCUCCACCUUCGUCAACAGCAGACCAACAGCAGCAACUGAAAGCUUAUUGGGCAUCAUAUAGAUACGAUGAGAGCCGUCAUCAUGUUGGCCAUGGCCGUACUAGGAUGUUGCUGUCUUGUGACCGACGCUUUCGUUAUUGGUUCACCAUAUAUUAUCAAUCCUUACAAUCAGCUGAUAAAUCGCAGGGUCCAAACCCCAAGAUUUGGAAGACAGAUUAUCUACAAUCCCACUAAAACACUCCAAAGAAAAGCCAUCAAGUCCACUCAAGUCAAACAGGUGGCUCCUGCUCGACCAACCCCACAAGCCCCACAAACUCAAAAAGUCUACCCUCCAGCCCCACAAACUCAAAAUGUCUACCCUCCAGCCCCACAAACUCAAAAUGUCUAUCCCCUUGCCCCACAAACUCAAAACGUCUACCCCCGAGGCCCUCAAACUCAAAAAGUCUAUCCCCCAGCCCCACAAACUCAGAGAGUCUAUCCCCCAGCCCCACAAGCUCAGAACGUCUAUCCCCCAGCCCCACAAGCUCAGAAAGUCUAUCCCCCAGCCCCACAAACUCAAAACGUCUAUCCCCCAGCCCAACAAGCUCAAAAAGUCUAUGUCCCAGCUCCACAGCCCCAGUAUGUCGUUGCCAAUGGCCUACCUGAUCACUACGGUUCCCAGACCGAGCAAGGAUACGACACUCAGCCUAUCCGCGCUUCCAGCAGAAACACACUCAGACACCAACCCUUUCCCCAGAAUACUAUCAUCAUCAUCAAAGAGGACUCCCCUAAUCCCCGUGGUGCUUCCGCCCCUGACCAGGCUCAAGCCCCAUUUGCCCCUUCCCCUUCCCAGAUCUCUUUAGGCCCUUUCUCUGCCACUGGCCCCAACUUUGCAGACCCUUUCCCUGCCCCUUUCUCAGCAGACCCUUUUUCCCGCUCCCCUGCGAAUCCAUUGGCUGACCCAGCAUCUGCGCCAGCUAAAACAGCAGCCUCCCCACGGGUUCCCAUCCCAGAACCCAACUCUCCAGCAGGGGCUGCAUCUGGCCUCUACCCUGGUGCUUCCCAACGUGGAUACGACGCCCUCAACAACAUGUUGAGACUCAACAUGCUCGCUGAAAUGGAGCUUCCUCACUAUGGAGGACAUCACAACUUGCACCAGCUCGCUGAAACCCUUGGAGCACCUGCCAGCAAGGGUGCGGCUCAGUAUCAAGCUUCCAAGUCCUCUUCCCUUGGUCACCAGAACCAGUACGACCGCUUGUUCUCACUGCACCUCGCUGAGGCACUAGACCUUCCUCCACAACAAGGCCACCCAGCAGCACCAAAACCAACAGCAGAACAGGCAGCAUCACCAGCAGCUAAACCAGCUGGAGGUCCCCAUGGUUACAGCCCUCAUGACCUCUACUCCAUGCAUCUCCGAGAGGCUCUUGACCUACCCCCCAAGCCCUCUGUGCCUCGCGUGUGAUGUGAUCUUGCCUUCACAUGACUGGUCGAUGCUUCAGCUUUCGACAAGUUAGCUCAGGAUGAUUGGUUCAGAUACGUCUCAGAUAGAUGCAUCUGUAUUAAUUAUUUGUUCAGAGGUUGACAUGUCAUAAGGUCAUCGUUGGUGUUGUUUCUGACAAUAAAAGCACUAUGAACAAAA